AGCAUUUUGCUAAUAGUAAAAGUAUUUUAGAGUGAAAGAAAGAUGAGAAGAGUGAGAGAGAGAGAGAGAGAGAUUCUAAAAUAUCUAAACAUUUAUUUCUUCCCACACAUCGUUUUCUUCUUGUAGAGCAUAGGUACCCCCACCCACUCGUGUGCCUCUUCUCCCUCCAUUAAUGCUCCUUCCUUCCUUCCUUCACAUUUCAAUAUCCCUCCCUUCUUUUUCUCUCCCUCUAUUUUAUUUAUUUAUUUAUCAUUUUCAAUCAAAAAACAAAUACUAGUAUUAUACACAAACAAACACAUACAUAUAUAAAUAUCACAAACAAUAAUUCUUUUAAUAUACUACAAUGGCUUAUUUUCUCUUCUUCAUCAUCUUCCUUGUCUUUCUCUUCCUCCUCAGAAAAAUCCGUUACGCGAAACUUCGGCUACCGCCGGGGAGUCUCGGUUUACCUUUCAUCGGAGAAACGUUACAGAUGAUAUCAGCAUACAAGAGCGACAAUCCUGAACCUUUCAUCGACAAGCGAGUGAACCGGUACGGUUCAAUUUUCACUAGUCAUGUUUUUGGUGAACCGACUGUUUUCUCGGCUGACCCGGAAACGAACCGGUUUAUUCUUAUGAAUGAGAAGCUUUUUGAAAGUAGCUACCCCGGUUCGAUAUCGAACCUUCUAGGAAAACAUUCGCUGCUUCUUUUGAAGGGUUCUCUUCACAAGAAAAUGCAUUCUCUUACUAUGAGUUUCUCUAAUUCUACCAUUAUUAAGGAUCAUCUUCUCUUUCAUAUAGACCGGCUUAUCCGGCUCAAUAUGGAUUCUUGGUCCGACCGGGUUCUUCUCAUGGAGGAGGCCAAGAAGAUAACAUUUGAGCUAACAGUGAAACAACUGAUGAGCUUUGAUCCAGAUGAAUGGACUGAGAAUUUAAGAAAAGAGUACAUGCUUGUCAUUAACGGCUUUUUCACUCUUCCUUUUCCUCUUUUCUCUGCCACCUACCGCAAAGCCAUCAAGGCAAGAACGAAGGUGGCAGAGGCAUUGACACUAGUAGUGAGGCAGAGAAGAAAAGAGAGUGAUAUAAGCCAAGAGAAAAAGAAUGACAUUCUUGGAGCAUUGUUGGCAUCUGGUGAACAAUUAUUGGAUGAGCAAAUAGUGGAUUUUAUGUUGGCUUUGCUAAUAGCUGGUUAUGAAACAACUUCUACUAUAAUGACUCUUGCUAUCAAGUUCCUCACUGAGACUCCUUUAGCCUUGGCACAACUCAAGGAAGAGCAUGAGCAAAUUAGAGCAAGGAGUGAGCCAGAGGCACCACUGGAAUGGACAGAUUACAAGUCAAUGGCAUUUACUCAAUGCAUUGUGAAUGAGACUUUAAGAGUGGCAAACAUAAUUGGUGCAGUAUUUAGGAGAGCAACAACAGACAUCGACAUAAAAGGUUACACUAUUCCUAAAGGAUGGAAGGUGAUUGCAUCAUUUCGUGCUGUGCAUUUGAAUGCUGAACAUUUCAAAGAAGCCCGCACCUUCAAUCCAUGGAGAUGGCAGAGUAAUAAUAACUCAGAAGCUGUACCAAGCCCUGUGAAUGUAUUUACACCAUUUGGAGGAGGACCGAGGUUGUGCCCUGGCUAUGAGCUAGCCAGAGUUGUACUUUCGGUCUUCCUUCAUCGCAUGGUGACUCGCUUCAGUUGGGUUCCUGCUGAAGAAGAUAAGGUGGUGUUUUUUCCAACAACUAGGACACUGAAGAGGUACCCUAUUAUACUGAAACGGAGAGAAGAAACCAGAUCAAGCAUUGGAAUUGGGAACACAGCAGAUACAGGAAGGCAAAAAGAGAACUGAAAGUAUAGAUCAGUUUAAGUUGUUCAAGUUGAUUAUAUAUAUAUAAAUAAUACAUAAUCAAUAAAAAUUUAUCUACCAGUAAUGUUUACAAGAAUUUUGACAUAAUUCAAAUACAUCCAAGGUAGCAUAGUUAUUUGAUGAAAUUAUUAUAUUGGCACAAUUCUUAUGAACUGUUACAAUAAUUUAUUUAUUUUUAUUUUAGAAUUA